AUGUCUCUCACCACCGUCGACCACGCCGCCCAUGCAUUCAGGCGACGGGUCAACGUGGCGGCGCUGAAGCCGGCGGUCAUCAAAUCCCUAGGGGCUCGUUUGCCGUCGCAUGUCGACUACCUGAUUCAAACCCUUCAGCGGGGCACAGCGCCCAGUCCUGAUGGCAAAAUUCAGGGCUGGAGCUCCGGCAAGAAUAUGACUGACUUCUUGUCGUAUUGCAUCAUGGACAUUAUGAGUGACCUGACGUUCACUCAGACGCUCAAUGUCCAGCGUGAGGCAAAGAACCGACACUUUGUCAGCAGCAUCCCCAAAGGAGUCGGGGGUAUGCAUCUGGUCGGACACAUGCAAUGCAUGCUUCUCUUCAAUAUGCACAAGGUUCUCUUCCGUGAACUCACAGUCGGAGUGAAACAGUUCAUGGAUCUCAGCCGCUCAUUUGCGGACGAGCGAUUCAGGCAGUAUCACGAGGACGGGAUCAAAGGCAACGAUAUCUGGGAGAAGCUCCUGGUGUCUGAAGAUCCCGCAACUGGUCGCACCUUCACGCGAGAGGAGCUCGCGUCAGAGGCGAGCUUGAUGAUCACGGGUGGCACGGACGGAAUGAUCACUACCCUGACAUCCACCCUUUUCUACCUGCUGCACAACCCGCAGACACUUUCGCGUCUGACAACAGAGCUGCGGGCGAGGUUUCCCGUUCCUUCCGACGGGGCGAGGACGUGCCCCAUUUCGUUCGGAUGCCCGGGGUUGCAGAACUUUACGUACCUUUUGGCCUGUCUGGAUGAGUCUAUGCGCCUGAGCUCGCCCGUGCCCAGUAUCCUCCCGCGCAGGGUUGGUCCGGGCGGCAUUGCCGUCGAUGGCCAGUACUUCGCGGCCGGGACUUGUCUGGGCAUCCCUCACUAUUGCCUACAUCGCAACGAGGAAGUAUUCCCAGAGCCGUUCUCAUACAAGCCAGAGCGGUGGAUGGCUGCUGAGCUUGGAGAGAAGACUGACAGUGGACAUGGCCCACUCAAAGCGGGGGUUGGCCAGUCAUUCUCUUUCACUCCAUUUGGAGCGGGGAGGAGCAGCUGCGUUGGAAAGCCAUUGGCAUAUCAAGAAAUGUCGUACAUACUGGCCCGUCUACUCUGGGAGCUCGACCUGCGGCUUGACCCGGAUGACACGCUUGGGGAAGGAACCGGGCUAUCUGCCGAAGGUCGUGGGAUGAAGGAUGAGUUUCAGACUUAUUGCUGCUUCGUGAGCUGGCAGGAUGGUCCCGUCGUACAGUUUCGUCUGCGAGAGGACCUUGUGCCAGAGGCAGAUCGGCAGUCACAGGAUCUAGCCUCUUGA